UUGAACUUCAAUCUUUUCUAUUAACUCCCACACCCACUUCCCGGAAUUCUCUCUAAUUUAUCAAUCAGUUAAAACACUCAGUCACAUCAAAAUUCAACUUCAACAUAGACGGAGAAUCAAAAUUGAACUUCAAACGCCAGGCCGCUUCACCACUGCAACCGCCGGAAAACAACGAAUCGCACCACUGCAACCGCCGGAAAACAACCGCCGCUAGUGACAAAUGGUCAUGGAUAAAUCAUGGAUUUCGUCAGAUAGAUUAUCAAAUGCAUAUGACAAAGGCGUGGAAGCGUUUUUAGAGUUUGCGCAAAGUAAUAAUCCUCAAUUGGAUGUUAUUCCAUGUCCUUGUGUAAAUUGUAUCAAUUUGUGUCACCGCUCUAUUGAUGAUGUGCGUUAUCAUUUGUUUGCCCAUGGUUUUGAUGAAAGUUAUACGGUCUGGUCUUUUCAUGGAGAAAAACUUCCGAAGCUUGAUUCUAGAUGCCCUAAUGAAUCUAGACCUCCUGACUUUAUUAAUACAAAGGAAAUGCUACAUGAUGCCUUCAAUUAUGUAGAGAAUGAACCCGAUUCAUUGAAAUCACUUCUUGAAGAAUGUGAUAAACCACUUUACGUUGGGUCAAAGUAUAAUGCACUCAGUGGAUUAUUGAAAUUUCAACAUUUGAAAGGUCAAUUUGGCUGGUCUGAUGCUAGUUUUGACGCUUUGUUGGGUGUCCUAAAAGAUAUCUUACCAUCAAACAAUACAAUUCCUACAUCGAUAUAUGAGGCCAAGAAGUUGCUAAAAGGAGUAGGUAUACAGUAUGAAAAGAUUCAUGCAUGUGAAAAUGAUUGUGUUCUAUUCUGGAAAGAACAUAAGGAUGCUUCUCAGUGUCCAUCUUGUGGCACAUCUCGUUGGAAGAAGAAUACCCAAAACGUGCCUUCAAAAGUUUUGUGGUAUUUUCCUCCCAUCCCUAGAUUUAAAAGAAUGUUUUCAUCACCGGAAAUUGCACAUGACUUAACUUGGCAUGCACAAGGUCCGGUCAAUAAUGGUAAGCUAUCUCAUCCUCGUGAUUCCCCCUCUUGGAAGCUUGUUGACAACACGUGGAAAGAAUUCGGAAAAGAAAAUCGGAAUCUUAGGUUAGCCUUGUCCGCUGAUGGUAUCAAUCCUCACAAGUCAUUAAGUUCUACGUAUAGCUGUUGGCCGGUUAUCCUAAUAACAUAUAAUCUUCCAUCUUAUUUGUGUAUGUCAAGAAAAUUCAUGAUGUUGACUCUAUUGAUAUCAGGGCCAAACCAACCUGGUAACAAUAUUGAUGUCUACUUGGCACCAUUGAUAGCAGAUCUAAAACUCUUAUGGGAAACUAGCGUUAAAACGUUUGAUGCUUAUAAGAAAGAAUACUUCAAUCUAAGAGCAAUAUUACUCUGGACUAUAAAUGACUUUCCCGCAUAUGGUAAUCUUUCGGGGUGUGUUACCAAGGGUUAUUAUGCUUGUCCAAUAUGUUCGGAGAAUACUUGUUCACAAUGGUUGCCAAAGUCCAAAAAAGUAUGCUUUCUUGGCCAUAGAAGAUUUCUCCCACUUGAACAUCCUUUUCGUAAAAGAAAAAAAGAUUUCAACAAUCAACAAGAGAAUGAUAUUAUAAAAAACCCAUUAUCAGGCGAAGAAAUUUACGACUCUCUGACGGGGUUUGAGAAUACAUGGGGUAAGAAGAAAAAGACAAAGAAGGAAACGUCAAGGAAGCAAACGUCAAAGAAGAAAACACCAAAGAAGAAAACUUCAAAGAAGGAAAAAGAAAGUAUCGAUGAAAGAGCUAAAUUGUGGAAUAAAAAGUCAAUUUUUUUUGAACUUGAAUAUUGGAAGAAGUUGCUUGUUCGUCACCAGUUAGAUGUUAUGCACAUAGAAAAAAAUGUGUGUGAGAGUGUUUAUGGGACAUUGUUGAAUUUACCCCACAAGACGAAGGAUGGAUUAAAUGCACGACAAGAUCUUGAGGAGUUAGGCAUUAAGUCUGAAUUACAACCUCAACUAAACGGGAAUCGACUUUUGCUUCCUCCUGCGUGCUACACAUUGAAUUACUCGGAGAAACGUCUAUUUUACGAUACCUUGUCUAACAUAAAAGUGCCUGAUGGGUAUUGCUCCAACUUCAAAAAUCUCGUCUCUGAUGAUGUUUCAAAGAUGAAUGGCUUGAAGUCUAAUGAUUGUCAUGUACUGAUGCAACAACUUCUCCUUUUUGCAAUCAAAGGGGUGUUACAUGAGAAAGUGAGGAAAACAAUCAUAAGCUUAUGUCAUUUCUUCAACAAGUUGUGUAGUAAAGUUGUUGAUGUUAGUAAACUAGGAAAGCUGCAAAGUGACAUCGUAUUGACUUUGUGUUUGUUAGAGAAGUAUUUUCCUCCUUCGUUUUUCGAUGUCAUGAUUCACUUGAUGGUGCAUUUAGUUAGAGAGGUUAGGCUAUGUGGCCCGGUUCAUUUUAGGUGGAUGUAUCCAUUUGAGAGAUACAUGAAAACACUCAAAGGGUAUGUACGAAAUCAUCAUCGACCCGAGGGUUGCAUUGCAGAAUGUUAUGUGGCAGAGGAAGCCUUAGAAUUUUGCUCGGGCUACUUUAAAAACAUGAAGUCAAUUGGUAAUCCUUAUGAACGUGUUGAUGAAAGAAUCCGCACAGGCAAGCCUUUAUGGGAGCUAUGAUUGA